AGGGCAUGAAGGCUGAGUUGAAUGGCAGAAGCGAUAGACUGAAUCUAAGCAUAAAUCUGAUUAUGGUAAAUUUCAGCUCACAGCAGGAAGAUUCUAUGGAAAAGAAGAAAAGGAUAAAGGAUCCUGAUGCAAAGAACCCUGAAGACUGGGAUGAAAGGGAAAUGAUUGAGGAUCUUGAAGAGAAGAAACCAGCAGACUGGGACCAGCUAGAACACUUUCCUGGCCCAGAUGUCAAGAAGCCAGAUGACGGGGAUGAAGAGAUGGAUGGCGAAUGGGAACCACUGAUGAUCUCAAACCUGGAUUAUAAAGAAGCAGAAAAGAAAACAAAAGUACAGGAAGACUAGUGUACGGAAAUAUAUAAAGAGGAAGAAAAAGAAGAGGCUGAAAAAGAAACAGAUUUCAUCAUCAAAAUGAACUCUAAUGGAACAAAAAUAGUGACACCCUGGUUAUAGUCACCAAGCUGUCUUAAGUAUGGGAAACAAACCAUUCAGCCUCUCAAUAAUGCACUCUUUUAACUAAAUAGCGGUGGUACAUUCCAAUUUUGAAAUGAAUGAUCAUACUUUCUGACGUACAUAGAAAAAUAGCUUUAAUUUAGGUCUGCUCUGAAAAUUCAAUCCAUACUACU